AUGGAAGAUAACUUUAACGAUUCAAAUAAUUGUAUUCAGUAUAUUAUCUUUCAAUUGGAGUUCAAUUAUCAUGCUUCAGGUACAGGUGGGUGUGUACACAUGCAGGGAUUUGUGAUCUUAAAGGAUCAGAUGAGAAUUGGAAAAUAUAAUUCAAAGGGUGGAUUUGGAUCUGGAAUUAAAAAUAUAUUUAAGUCAAAUAGUGUUCAUAUUGAUUUUGCAAAUGGAACACCGGAGCAGUAUAGGGAUUACUGUCGUAAGAAAUAUAAUCGAUGUAAAAAUCAUGAUAAAUGUAAAUGUGAUUAUUUUGAUUUAGGAAAGAUAUGUGAAAAAUGUGAUGAUAAUUGUGUUAGAGAUUUAGCUCGUGUCUGUGAUGUAAAUGAAGAUGAUAUACCAUUUGGACCAUGGGAGUUUGGUGUUAUAAGAUGUGAUGAUCCAAUUAAAGGUGAUAGGCGUUCGAAGAGAAAUGGUGAAAUUGAAUGUAUGGCAAAAGCGAUAGAUAAGAUUGUAGGAGGUGAGGAUAUCGAUGAUGUACUUGUGAAAUAUGCACCUAUGAUUUCAUCUCGUGUUACAGUUAAUAUUGAUAGAAUUGCAAAGGCAGUGAGUAAUGUAAACAACAGAUUUGAAAAACGAUGUUGGGAUCCAUGUAAUAUUUACAUAUUUGGGACACCUGGAACGGGGAAGACCUUUUGGACUAGUAUUGUAUUCCCAAAUGCAUAUAAAAAAUCAAUGGAUGAUGAUUGGAAGUGGUGGGAAAACUAUAAUAAUGAUCAUAUUAUUGUUAUUAAUGAGAUGGAACGAGGGUCAGCAUCCUGGAAGAAUUUGCUUAAUAUUCUCGAUCGAGUUUCAAUGAGAAUUCAGGUUAAGUGA